GGGUCCGCGCACACCUUGAGCUGCCAGGACCCAAGAGGACCCUCCCCGCGGCCCGGCCGCGCCCUGUCCUGAACGGUACCAUGAUGUGGGGUGCAGGCGGCCCGUUAGCCUGGCUCUCUGCUGGCCCAGGCAGCGUCAACGUGAGCAGCGUGGGCCCUGCAGAAGGGCCCACAGGCCCAGCUGCACCACUGCCCUCACCCAAGGCCUGGGAUGUGGUGCUAUGCAUCUCAGGUACCCUGGUGUCCUGUGAGAACGCGCUGGUGGUGGCCAUCAUCGUGGGCACUCCUGCCUUUCGUGCCCCCAUGUUCCUGCUGGUGGGCAGCCUGGCUGUGGCAGACCUUCUGGCAGGCCUGGGCCUGGUCCUGCACUUCGCUGCUGUCUUCUGCAUAGGCUCCGCAGAGAUGAGUCUGGUGCUUGUUGGUGUGCUGGCAAUGGCCUUUACCGCCAGCAUUGGCAGCCUACUGGCCAUCACUGUCGACCGCUACCUUUCCCUGUACAAUGCCCUCACCUACUACUCGGAGACAACAGUGACUCGGACCUACGUGAUGCUGGCCCUAGUAUGGGGGGGUGCCCUCGGCCUGGGGCUGCUGCCAGUGCUGGCCUGGAACUGCCUGGAUGGGCUGACCACGUGUGGCGUGGUAUAUCCACUCUCCAAGAACCAUCUGGUAGUCCUGGCCAUUGCCUUCUUCAUGGUGUUUGGCAUCAUGCUGCAGCUCUAUGCCCAGAUCUGCCGCAUCGUCUGCCGCCAUGCCCAGCAGAUCGCCCUUCAGCGGCACCUGCUGCCUGCCUCCCACUAUGUGGCUACCCGCAAGGGCAUCGCCACACUGGCCGUGGUGCUCGGCGCCUUUGCUGCCUGCUGGUUGCCCUUCACUGUCUACUGCCUGCUGGGUGAUGCCCGCUCUCCACCCCUCUACACCUAUCUCACCCUGCUCCCUGCCACCUACAACUCCAUGAUCAACCCCAUCAUCUAUGCCUUCCGCAAUCAGGAUGUGCAGAAGGUGCUGUGGGCCAUUUGCUGCUGUUGUUCCUCUUCCAAGAUUCCCUUUCGAUCUCGCUCCCCCAGUGAUGUGUAGUUACAUCCUGGUGACCCCUGCAGCCCUGAUCACUACAAAAUUCCAGAAUGUUAGGUCCUCCAGGGCUUUGUUCCAAAUCCCCAGCUCUACACCCCCAGACCCAGCUGGUUCUGGAGUUCUAGGACAUUGGGUGUUUCAGGAUUCUGUUCAAGAUGACUGCAGGGGCCCAGCUGGCUCCAUGGUUCUAGAAUGUUCCAGGUGGUCAGGAUUCCACUUAGAAAUGUCCCACAGCCCAGCUGAUUUGCAGUUACAGAAUGCUGGGUGUUUUACAGUGCCAUUCAAGCCCUUGAU